UGUCAAAUACUUCAUGUCCUAUUAGUUUAAACAAAUUAGAAUGACUGUAUAGAUUAAAGCAGAGACAAAAUCUUGUCUAAAAUGUUCAGUGUAAUUUGGUUGAGCAAACAUUUCGUUACAAAAUGCUCUUUUCAUACUGACUUGAUUGUGCCGUACUGUCAUGGACCAGCGAGACGUUUAAUCACAACAAUUUCGGUUAAAUCGAACCAAGAAUUUCAAACUAGCAUUAGCUAUCUGAAGGAUGAAAAUCAAGGCAAAGUGAGUGCUUCAGAGAAAGAUUAUCCUUCUUGGCUGUGGCAAUUGACAUAUGAAAAGUAUUCAUUGGAUGAACUUGAUGAACAAAACAAAAUAUAUCAUCGAAUUCGAAGAAAGAUGAAAUUAAGAAAUGAGAAUGAAAGAAGGAAAAUGAAAAGAUUUUAAUAACUUUUAUGAUUACUUGUUUAUAAGUUUUAGAUGUACUGUUUUCAUUAAAAUUAUACUUUGGCCCAGCCAUCUGAUAUAAGGCAGCUAAAAUUUUAGGUGAGUAGACAUCAAUCCGUCCAACUUUUUGCUUUUCCUCUUUUCUGUUAAGAUUGUGGGCAAACUCUCUCUUCUUUCACUUUAUCUCAUAGUAGUAAUUUCUGUGCUGAAAAGUCCUAGUUUGAGCGUUCGCAUUGGUAUCUCGUUGUACCACUUUUCUGGGCUUUAUUAAUAAUUUGUUGUAUAAAUAAAAAGUUAAAUUCUUCUAUAUUGAGGUCCGAAGGGAGAGGAUUAUCAACUAAUGAGUCCUUGACCCCUCCUCCCAAUCCUUGACCUCAUUAAUUUUAUUUUCAGGAUUUUUAUUUUAAAAUUUAAAAAUUUUAAAUCAAUGUUGCAGUUUACACAAGCAACACAGCAAUUUACUUCGAUUAUAAUUGCGACAUGUAUAAUGAUUCUCUUACAAACUUUCUAAACACGCAAUUUCCGCUAUAUAAUUGUUUUUGUGAGAGAACAAAUCUUUUCAUACGAACUGUUUUUGAAGGAAAAUAUCUUUCUGAAAGUAUAAACGAGUAGAAAUCGUUUCAUUUACGUUGUCCAGGUUUUAAUUUUAACGUUGACAAUAUUCGACGAUCAGAAUUACAUAUCUUGCAUGCGCAUGCGUUUUCGAUUUUUGAUUCAUUUGCACCACUUGUCCGGUGUUUUGUGACAAUUUGCUGUAUAAGUAGAAAGCCGAAAGCUAUGUUUAUGAGGUCCGAAUUGAGAGGGGUAUGGAAAGAGUUAACUAGACUAUUUGUAUGAAAAUGGAGGACCAAAAAAAGAAAUUGAAGCCAAGAAAAAUAAUUGGCGCUUGUUAACUUCAUCCUUUCCUGACAUAUAAAUGCAGUUCUUACCCCUCUCAUGCACCUUGACCUCUUUUCUUAUUUCUUUCUUUUCUCUUCAAUUUAUAUGUACAACACGACGAAAUUUUUGCUUGUUCCAAAGCUAUGUUUUUAAAGAAAACGAUUCAUGUUAUUGAAUUGUUAUUGCGAAAUAAGUGAUGAUGUUUUCCCAUAUUUUCCAUCUAUGAGCAGCUCAAACGAAGAUAGUUCAUUGAGCGAACCUACAUUACGUGUUAAAAGUUACAAAAAUAUUUCUACUCGAAACGCUUCAGAAGAACUAGAAAAGUAUAUCAGAAAUUUUACAAAUGAUGUUCAAGAGCAAACAAAACAGACGCCGGGAACAUUUGGUUGCUACGGAAGCCCAAAUGAGCUUCUGUUGUCAACGAAGCCUCGAGUUUCUUCUUCACCAAAGGUAGAAGGAAUUUUCGUUGAAAAACAUAGAGCAAUGGAAAAUGAUUUGGUACGAUGGGUUAACGAUUCUUAUGUAAAAGAUUUAAAAAGAAAGAUUGUGCCUUUUGGUGAAAGCAGUAUAUCAAGUUUGGAGGAUGCAAAGACAGUUACAGAUCAUGAAUAUCUAGAAGGAGAUGACAAACAUCAACAUGAUGAUUCAAGUAGUCUUAAUGACAAAGAUAUGGAGCUGUCAACUCUUCCUUCUCCAAACAGUGUUUCUGACUUUGAAAGCAUUGCUGGUAGCAUCAAUACAGAUAUGCUAGUGAAAGGUUUUUAUAAAAACACAAAACAAGAAAUUCCUCAUCCCGGAUGGAUAAAUGAAAUUUUGGAAGCUAAAGACUAUCCCAGCUGGAUUGAUGAUAUUCAUGAAAGCAAAUAUGGAAGUAAAAUAUCACCUCCAAGAAUGCAUCCAAGAAGAAAAGAAAGAUUUUCAAGGUCUUUAUCUCCAUCCAUCUUCGAACAACAACUCUUUUCAAGUGAUCAGUCUUUUCCUCAAGUUGCUUUAUCACACAAGACAAGAGAUGACGCAAAAGUUGAUGUCCAUUUUUGAUUGUAAAGAAGAGGUUUUUAGGAAAAAAACUAUUCAAAAUGCUGCAUCCUAGUGAAUUGAAUAUAAUUGUUUAUGCUGCCAGAAAUUUGAAAUCAAAGAAAAAAGAAGGUCAAACAAGUUGUUCAGUCUCAUAAAACUCAUGGUUCGAAUUUUUUGAUUACAAUCGAUUAUAUUUGUUCAAUAGCGAAUGUCGCCGAAUGCAAACGAAAGAGCCUGCUAUACCAAGCUUUCGUCCUUUGCGGUGUUUAAGCUGAUAUGUCAAAUACUUCAUGUCCUAUUAGUUUAAACAAAUUAGAAUGACUGUAUAGAUUAAAGCAGAGACAAAAUUUUGUC